AUGGGUAAUAGUAAUUCGUGUUUGAAAUCAAGAGAAACAAGAUCAAAAUCACAAUUAGUACCAAACCAAUUAUCAGAAGGUGUAUCACCAGAAGUCGUAAAUGAAGAAGAACAAGAACUAGCGUAUUAUUUAUCAAAUAAUGAUUUAAAUGAUAUUGAUAGGCAACAUAUGCAUAAUUUUAUUAUAAAAUAUUUAUUUCAAGGUAAUUUUUCUGCCCCUGUUGAGGAGAAAUUAACUCUAGGGUGUAAAGUACUAGAUGUUGCAUGCGGUCCCGGUACAUGGUUAUUAGAUUUAGCGACUAUAUAUGACAAAUCAAAUUUUUUUGGACUCGAUAUAAAGCCAGUAUUUCCAAAAGAGCCAGUAUUUCCAAAAGAGAUAAAACCAUGUAAUCUUGAAUUUAUCGAAGCCGAUAUAUUUGAUGGAUUACCAUUUAGAGACAACGAAUUUGAUUUUACACAUAUAGAAUCAAUGGUGAAUAUUUUAACGACAGAACAAUGGAAUUUCACUCUUUCUGAACUGAUUAGAGUAACCAAACCUGGCGGAUAUAUCGAAAUAACUGAUUUAUACCUUAACAUUGAUAAAUCUAGUCCAAAUUUCUAUACAAUUUAUAAAGGAUUUUACAAGUCUUGUUUAAAACGAAAUGUGAAUAUAAGAUCGAUAAUUCACCUUAAUUCAAUACUUGAAUCACAUCAAAAUAUAGGAGUCGUUCAUCAUGACGAGAAAAUUGUCACUUUUGGACCACAUGGUGGUAAACCUGGUUUAGUUUAUCAAGAAGUGGUAAUAUUAUUUCUUACCACAAAUAGGGCAAUUAAAGAUUUGAGUGCUGAAAUAGGAAUUUCUGAAGAGAAAUUUAAGGAAAUCGUAGAAAGUCUUAAAGAAGACUUAAAGGAAAACAAAACUUCUAAAGGUCAUGUUCUUAGAUUUUGGACUCAAAAAAUUUGUUAA